AUGGCGACAACAAAUGAGAAGGUAUUAAGCCAUAUACAUGAAGAUGUUGCCUUCUCUAUUUUGUCUAAAUUACCUUUAAAAUCUCUAAGCCGAUUUGCUUGCAUUUGUAAAUUAUGGGCUCUUUUAUUUGAAAACCCUCGUUUUAUGGACAUGUUACGGAAAAAUAAAUUGUCUACCCAUUCAAUGUACAGUGACACUAGUCUUGUCCUAAAACAUUUACUGCCGAAAACUUUUUAUGAUCAGUUUUGGUAUCUGUGUAAUGGGGAGAAGUACGACAAUAAGGUCAAAUUGGAUUUGCCUCCUCCUUGUAAAGACAAUUGCCCUGAUUUUCACAUUCUGGGUUCUGCUAUUAAUGGUUUUCUCUGUCUCUAUGACUUAUUGGGAAAAGUUAUAUUGUGGAAUCCAGAAACCAAUGAAUAUAAGGUCAUUCCUCCUAGACAUGUUGAGUCUUCCCUACCUUAUAAAGUGAUGACAGACUAUAUUUAUUUCACUCUUUGUGGAUUUGGUUAUGACCAUGUUGGACAUGACUAUAAGGUGAUUCGACAUGUGACAUUUCAUUCAAAAUAUUCCACUUACUUUAAAGGUGAUACACCGAGAAGUAACUAUCUAUGGCAGAUAUAUAGUCUAAGAAGCAACUCUUGGAGGAAUCUUGAAGUGGAUAUGCCUUUUCGUGAUAUUUCAAUAGGCUUAGAAGGUUCUGAAGUGUACUUGAAUGGGAUGUGCCAUUGGAUAACGAAAGCAUAUGAUAAAUAUGUGGUGUCAUUUAACUUGAGCACCGAGGUAUUCUAUACAACACCAUUCACCUUAGAUAUGUGUAAAAGUUAUGAGAUUCUCUGCUCGCAAAGACACUUGUUGGUGUUAAAUGGGUCCAUUGCAUUGAUCUCAAACAAUUCAAAAGCAAUAGAAUAUUUUCAUAUAUUUAUUUUGGCUGAAUUAGGUGUCAAAGAAUCAUGGAUCAAGCUCUUCACUAUUGGACCUUUAGGUUGUAUAUAUCGUCCUAUUGGAGUUGGGAAUAAAGUAGAUAUAAUAUUCGUAAAAACCAAUGACGAACUAAUUAGUUUUGACUUAAAUAGCCAAGUGAUCAAAGAGAUUGGUGUUCAAGCAUCAAGACCUUAUGGUUGUCAGGUAGCAAUUUAUAAGAAAUGUUCUUUUCGAUUGGAGAAGUUGUUUAUGGCUGUUGUUAUAAGCCGUUUGUCGUGUUGUUAUGGUGGCCAUCGAGCUGCCGUUUGCCGUGUUGUUAUGGUGACGUUGCGUUGCCGUUUGUCGUGUUGCUAUGGUGGCCGUUGUGCUGCCGUUUGUCGUGUUGCCAUGGUAGCCGUUGCGCCGCCGGUUGUCGUGUUGCCGUUAUUAUAA